UGCUUUGUCAUUCAUUUUUGUAGGGAUCUAUGAAGAUUGUUAUGGAUUGCCUUUUGACACUUAAGGAACAAUUUACCUGUGAGGGAGAUGAUUUUUCAGCCACUAGUGCAACUACCAGGGGUGGAAGUCCUUGUGGGAGUGUAUCUUCUCAUGGAAUUACUUCUCCCCAAUCUGGAGAAGAUAAACUGAAGGUUUUGCAAGAUUCAAAAUUUCAACGAGCUCUUCGUGGUCCUGUCAUGGCAGAGACAUCAACUGCAUUGAUGCGUCAUAUGGGACAUAAGUUCCAUGAGGUAUUUCAAUUGAAACAAGGGCGGUAUGCGGAUCUUUCUGCUGCAAAGAUUUCAGAGAUGAUGAAAUCAAACAGUUUGGAUAAUGCCCCAACUCAGUCACUUUUGAGUGUUGUGAAUGGAAUUUUGGAUGAAAGUAUUGAAAGACAGAAUGGCGAAAUACCUCAUCGUGUUGCGUGCCUUUUGAGAAAAGUUGUGCAAGAGAUUGAACGACGUAUUUCAACUCAAGCAGAACACAUAAGAACUCAAAACAACCUGUUCAAGUCUCGUGAGGAGAAGUACCAAUCAAGAAUCAGAGUUCUUGAAGUCCUUGCUUCUGGGACUGGCGAAGAGACUCUGAUUGUUAAAGGCCAACUUCAACAAAUAAAGCUUGAGAAGUCCAGAAUGGGUGAAAAAGAGAAUUUUGAGGAGGAAGAUGUGAUAAAAUUGAUCAAAGAGAAGGAGGAAAUAAAUCGUGAACUUUCUACAAUGAAGCAAGCAUUGGAAAGGGCCAAAAGAAUGCUUGAACUUGAGAAGUCUGAAAUGGAUGAAAAAAGGAAAUUGGAGGAGGAAGAUGUGAAAAAAUUGAUGAAAGAGAAGGAGCAAACAAGUUAUGAACUUUCUACAUUGAAGCAAGAAUUGGCAUUGGCCAAAAGGAAACUUGAACUUGAGAGCUCCAAAAAGGAUGAAGAAAGUACACAUAAGGAGGAAGAUGUGAUUAAAUUAAUGAAAGAGAAGGAGCAAAUAGACCUUGAACUUUCAACAUUGAAGCAAGAACUGGAAAUGGCCAAAAAAACACUUGAACUCAAAAAGUCAAAAAUGGAUGAAAAAAGUACACGAGAAGAAGCUAUGAUUAAAUUAAUGAAAGAGAAGGAACAAACAAACAUUGAGCUUUCAACAUUAAAGCAAGAAUUGGAAAGAGCCAAGAGGACACUUGAACUUGAAAAGGCUAAAAUGGAUGAAAAAAGAAAACUUGAGGAGGAGGAUGUGAUUAAAAUGAUGAUAGAGAAGGAGCAAACAAAUAAUGAACUUUCAGCAUUGAAGCAAGAAUUGGAAAUAACCAAAAAGACCUAUGAACUGCGUUGCUUGCAAAUGGAAACAGAAGCUAAAGAUGCUAAAGUAGACCUUGAGAAGAGGCUAAAAGAGCUUGGGCACCUCUUAGAAGAUUCAAGGAACAAGGUGAAAGUGCUCGAGGCAUAUUCCAAGUCGCAAAAGGAGAGCUGGAACAAGAAAGAACUCAUUUUCCAGAGUUUGGCAGAGUUUCAGUUUGGUGCAUUGCAGGAACUGAGGUUGUCUUCGGAGUGCAUCAAGCGUGAAAUUUUAAAAGCACAAAAGAGCUAUUCAGAGGAAUUUAAUUGCCUAGGAUUGAAGUUUAAAAAAUUAUCCGUUGAAAGUGAGAACUAUCAUUUAGUAAUUGCUGAAAAUCGGAAGCUUUUUAAUGAGCUGCAGGAUUUAAAAGGAAACAUUAGAGUAUAUUGUCGCGUAAGGCCAUUGUUGUCUGGUCAGGCUGAAAAAAGGACAACAAUAGAGCAUAUUGGUGAAAAUGGAGAGUUGGUUGUCGGGAAUCCUUCCAAACAAGGGAAGGAUGGCAAUCGAUUAUUUAGGUUUAAUAAGGUCUAUGGUCCAAAUGCCACUCAAGGGGAGGUUUUUUCAGACACCCAACCCUUGAUACGUUGUGUUCUUGAUGGGUACAAUGUAUGCAUAUUUGCUUAUGGACAGACUGGUUCAGGGAAAACUUACACAAUGACUGGUCCUAAUGGAGCAACUGAAGAAGAGUGGGGGGUCAAUUAUCGAGCACUCAAUGAUCUUUUCAAUAUCUCUCAGAACAGGAGCAGUUCCUUUAUGUAUGAAGUUGGGGUACAAAUGUUUGAAAUAUAUAAUGAACAAUUGCGUGAUCUACUAGCAAAUGAUAAUGCUCAGAAAAGACUUGGGAUUAAGACUGUUUCCCAAGAAAAUGGUUUAGCUGUGCCUGAUGCUAGCAUGUACCCUGUCAGAUCAACUUCAGAUGUUAUAGAAUUAAUGAAUAUUGGAUUAAAUAACAGAGCUGUCAGUGCUACUGCCUUGAAUGAAAGAAGCAGCCGCUCUCACAGUGUUGUUAGUAUUCAUGUUCGUGGAAAGGACUUGCACACUGGUACUACUUCGCAGGGUAAUCUUCAUUUGGUGGAUUUAGCAGGAAGUGAAAGGGUAGAUCGCUCAGAGGUAACAGGAGAUAGGCUUAGAGAAGCUCAACAUAUAAACAAAUCUUUAUCUGCCCUUGGAGAUGUCAUUUUUGCUCUUGCACAAAAGAGUUCGCAUGUACCCUAUAGAAAUAGCAAGCUCACUCAACUCCUUCAAACCUCUCUAGGAGGUCAAGCAAAGACACUUAUGUUUGUGCAGCUCAAUCCUGAUGUAAGUUCAUAUUCUGAAACUGUAAGUACUUUAAAGUUCGCAGAAAGAGUCUCUGGAGUUGAGCUAGGUGCAGCACGAAGCAGUAAAGAGGGCAAUAUUAAAGAAUUAAUGGAGCAGGUGGCAUCUCUUAAAGACACAAUUUCAAAGAAAGAUGGGGAGAUCGAGCAACUUCAAUUGCUUAAAGAUCUAAAAAAUGCAUAUCCUGGUGUUAAUGGCCAGAAGCAAGGAACAAGCAUAUUAAAGCAUGAUCCUAUGGUAGGGGUUCUGCGAAACCAAAAGCAAUCCUCAAAGGAAACUUCUGAUAGGGAUUACUGUUCAGAAAACGGCGAUAAGUAUUCUGAAGUUGAUUCCCAGCAGUCCGUGGAUGACUUCAAACAACAAAGUAGAUUUCUCAAGCGAUCAAAAUAUUCUGGAGGAGACAUAAAUCAGGAUGCUGAAAUUUCAGAAUAUGGAGAUGGUGACCGUGAAGAUAGAUUAAGUGAUUUUUCUGAUGGUUGUGUUUCUUUAGGAACAGAACCUGAUAUCUUAACAGAUGAAGGCACAAAACCUUUGGAAAAAUCAGAGAAAAAUAAAGUGCUAUCACGAAGCAUACGAAAAUUAGGGGAAACUACGUCAUCAGUGUCCAGAAGCUUGCCAAGAACACCAAGUAUCAGGAAAACUGCUGCUACCAACUCCAUCUCAGUCAAGCCUCCUAGACGAUGGCAGUAAAUAAUUAGAAAUCACGAAUUAACUAUUCCUUCAUUUUUUUUUAAAUAAUAUUCCGUACGUUGUUUCUUUCUUUCAGGGGUGUGAAUUUAUUGUCUAAAUUUUACAGUA